ACGCCGUGGGGCUCUGGCUCAAGGACAACUUCCAGACCACGCUGGCCAUCGUCUGCUCCCUGCUGCUGCCCCAGCUCCCCCGAGCAGCCGGACCAUGCUGGAGGAUGAGGAUGGGAUGAGCGAGCGCGGCCUCGGCGGCUUCCGGAGGAGAUUCGAGGAUGAGGAAGACUACCACUCCAUCUACAUCGGGGUGCCGGUGCCGCGCGGUUUCCGCAGGAAGCGGCGCCGCCGGCGCUCGCCGGGCUCCAGCCGCGACCGGAGCGGCAGCGAGCGCCACUUCGGGCCCCGCGAGCCCUCGGACACCGACGAGGGCCAGGGCUGGCCCGAGAGCGCCAACGACAACGCCAGCAGGACCAUGUCGCCGGCCGCGGAACGGCUCCGGUACAUCCUGGGGGAGGAGGACGAGCCCCCCAACCCCACGCUGUUCACGGAGAUGGACACGCUGCAGCGCGACGGCGACGACAUGGAGUGGAAGGAAUCCGCCAGGUGGAUCAAGUUCGAGGAGAAGGUGGAGGAAGGUGGUGAGAGGUGGAGCAAACCCCACGUGUCCACGCUGUCCCUGCACAGCCUCUUUGAGCUGCGGACGUGUCUCCAGACAGGAACGGUGCUCCUGGACCUGGACGGAUACUCCUUGCCCCAAAUUAUUGACGAUGUCAUCGAGAAGCAGAUCGAGGACGGGCUGCUGAAGCCGGAGCUGCGGGAGAAGCUCAGCUACGUCCUCCUGCGCAAGCACCGCCACCAGACCAAGAAGCCGAUCCACCGCUCGCUGGCCGACAUCGGCAAAUCCGUGUCCUCCAACACCGCCCGCAGCCCCGUGCGGGGCCCGGCCGCCGGCGCCGCCUUCCACCGCUCCACCGAGGACCUGCGGCUGCGGCAGAGCGCCAGCUACGGCCGCCUGCGUCACGCUCAGAGCCGGAGCAUGAACGACAUCUCGGACACCCCGAGCACUGACCAGCUGAAGAACAAGUUCAUCAAGAAGAUCCCCAAGGACGCCGAGGCCUCCAACGUGCUGGUGGGGGAGGUGGAGUUCCUGGAGAAGCCCUUUGUGGCCUUCGUGCGGCUGCUCCAGGCCACCAUGCUGGGCGGGGUGACGGAGGUGCCCGUCCCCACCAGGUUCCUCUUCAUUCUCCUCGGCCCGGCGGGCAAGGCCAAGUCCUACAACGAGAUCGGCAGGGCCAUCGCCACGCUCAUGGUGGACGAUCUCUUCAGCGACGUUGCCUACAAAGCCCGGGACAGGGAGGACCUGAUUGCCGGCAUCGACGAGUUCCUGGACGAGGUCAUCGUCCUCCCGCCCGGCGAGUGGGACCCCAACAUCCGCAUUGAGCCUCCCAAAAAAGUGCCCUCAGCUGAGAAGAGGAAGUCGGUGUUCUCGCUGAACGAGGUGGGGCAGAUGAACGGCGCGGCCGGCGGGGCGGGCGCCGGGGGCGGCGGCGGCGGCAGCGACGAUGGGGAGAUGCCCGAAGUCCACGAGAUUGGGGAGGAGCUGGCCUGGACCGGCAGGUUUUGUGGUGGCCUCUACCUGGAUAUCAAGAGGAAGCUGCCCUGGUUCCCGAGUGACUUCUACGAAGGUUUCCAUAUCCAGUCCAUCUCCGCCAUCCUCUUCAUCUACCUGGGCUGCAUCACCAACGCCAUCACCUUCCGGGGGCUGCUGGGGGAUGCCACCGACAACUACCAGGGCGUCAUGGAGAGCUUCCUGGGCACGGCCAUGGCCGGCUCCAUGUUCUGCCUCUUCGCCGGGCAGCCCCUCAUCAUCCUCAGCAGCACCGGCCCCAUCCUCAUCUUCGAGAAGCUGCUCUUCGACUUCAGCAAAGGCAACGGGAUCGACUACAUGGAAUUCCGCCUGUGGAUCGGGCUGCACUCGGCCCUGCAGUGCCUUAUCCUGGUGGCCACCGACGCCAGCUUCAUCAUAAAGUACAUCACGCGCUUCACCGAGGAGGGCUUCUCCACCCUCAUCAGCUUCAUCUUCAUCUACGACGCCAUCAAGAAGAUGAUCGGGGCCUUCAAGUACUACCCCAUCAACUCGGACUUCAAGCCCGACUACGUGACCAUGUACAAGUGCGAGUGCGUGGCCCCCGACCCAGCCAACGCGACCUUGUUCGAUGCUUCGGCUCCAGUGGCACCGAACACCACUAACGUGUCUCUGUCCAAUGCUCUCAACCUCACAGCUCUGGACUGGACCCAGCUGAGUAAGAAGGAAUGUCUCAAAUACGGCGGCAGCUUAGUGGGAAAAUCCUGCAAAUUCGUGCCCGACCUGGCCCUCAUGUCCUUCAUCCUCUUCUUUGGCACCUACUCCAUGACCCUGACCCUGAAAAAAUUCAAAUUCAGCCGCUACUUCCCCACCAAGGUCAGGGCUUUCAUUGCUGAUUUUUCCAAUGUCUUCUCCAUCCUGCUCUUCUGUGGCGUGGACGCCUGUUUUGGACUGGACACCCCCAAACUCCACAUCCCCAGUAUCAUCAAGCUCCAAGUGCCUACCGACUUCAAGCCCACGAGCGUGGACCGGGGCUGGUUCGUGUUCCCCUUCGGGAAGAACCCGUGGUGGGUGUACCUGGCCAGCGCCCUGCCCGCCCUGCUGGUCACCAUCCUCAUCUUCAUGGACCAGCAGAUCACGGCCGUCAUCGUCAACAGGAAGGAGCACAAGCUGAGGAAGGCAGCCGGGUACCACCUGGACCUCUUCUGGGUGGGCAUCCUGAUGGCCGUGUGCUCCUUCAUGGGGCUGCCCUGGUACGUGGCCGCCACCGUCAUCUCCAUCGCCCACAUCGACAGCCUCAAGAUGGAGACCGAGACCAGCGCCCCGGGGGAGCAGCCCCAGUUCCUGGGGGUCAGGGAGCAGAGGGUGACCGGCAUCAUCGUCUUCGUGCUCACGGGCAUUUCUGUUUUCCUGGCUCCUAUCCUGAAGUACAUCCCCAUGCCGGUGCUCUACGGGGUCUUCCUCUACAUGGGCGUGGCGUCGCUGAACGGCAUCCAGUUCUGGGAUCGCUGCAAGCUCUUCCUGAUGCCGGCCAAGCACCAGCCCGACUACGUGUUCCUGCGGCACGUCCCGCUGCGCCGCAUCCACCUCUUCACCCUGGUGCAGAUCGUCUGCCUGGCCGUGCUCUGGAUCCUCAAAUCCACCGUGGCCGCCAUCAUCUUCCCCGUCAUGAUCUUGGCCCUGAUCCUGGUGAGGAGGCUCCUGGAUUUCAUCUUCUCCCAGCACGACCUGGCCUGGAUCGACAACAUCAUCCCCGAGAAGGAGAAGAAGAAGGAGGACGACAAGAAGAAGAAGAAGAAGAAAGGCAACAAAGGCGACAGCAGCAGCGAUGAGGAGGAAAGAGGGCCGGCACCCGGAGCUUUGCGUUCUGACUCCUCCCCGAACGGCUCGGACAUGGAUCGCAGUAUCACCCUGCACCUGAAGAUCUCGUGCCCGUCGUCUCCCGCCUUUAACUACUCCCGCAACCCCAUCUGUGCCGUGCCCCAGGUGAAGAUCGAGAUGGAGUCGGAUUACGAGGACAGCGACACCGAGAAGGCCCCGCGGGACAUGGGCAGCGAGACCACGCUAUAGCCCCGCCCGCCGGGGCUCCAAAAUUUAAUUUAAUUUAUAUCUAGCUAGGUAGAUAGCGCCGCGGUCACGGGUACGGAUAAAGGAAACUGGGGGCGUUCCUCUCUGCCGGACAGGCGGCCCUGGAGGCCCCGUGCCCCGGCGGAUUUAGGGUCCCACACCCUGGUGCAUUUAGGGUCCCACACCUCAGUGGGUUUUAGGGCCCCACACCCCAGUGGAUUCAGGGUCGUGGGCCCCGGUGGGUUUUAGGGUCCCACACCCUGGAAUUCCCUCUCUUCCCACUGGGCAAAGGCAACGCCGCUGGCGGCAAAACGGGGCCAGAAAGGUGGGAUCGGUGAUUUUGGCAAAGAAAGGUGGGAUUGGUGGUUUUGGCCCUGAAAGGUGGAAAUUGUGAUUUUGGCAAAGAAAGGUGGAAUUGGUGAUAUCGGCACAGGAAAGGUGGAAUCCAUGACUCUGGCCCCAGAAAGGUGGAACUGGUGAUUUUGGCACAGGAAGGGUGGAAUUGGUGGUUUUGGCAAGGAAAGGUGGAAUUGGUGAUUUUGGCCCCAAAAAGGGAAAGGUGGAAUCCGUGAUUUUGGCACAGGAAGGGUGGGAUUGGUGAUUUUGGCAAAGAAAAGUGGGAUUGGUGAUUUUUGGACCCAAAAAGAGGAAGCACCUGGGAUGGGGAUGGAGGAAGAGAGGGCAGCUGGGACGGGGAUGAGGAGGAGGAGGAGGAAACACAACAAGAUGGGGAUGAAGAGGAGGAAGCACCUGGGAUGAGGAGGAUGAAGCAGGAUGGGGAUGAAGAGAGAGCUCUCGGGCUGAGGAGGAAGAGGGAGUCAGGAAGGGUUCCUGAGGGAGUCAGGCUGGUUUCCACGGGGAAAUGGGAAUGGUGGCUGCAGCGAAGCCCUUUGGUCGCCCACCCCACAUGCUCCCCCGUUACUCUGCCAGGCCUGGGAACAGCCCCAGGGAAAUCCCGGGUUCCUCCCUGGAGGAUUCUCCCUGGAGGAUUCACCCGGGAUUCCCUCUGGCUCUGCCGCCCAGGGGGGAGAGCAGCCCCUGCCCCCAGUGCCCCCAGUUCCACCCAGCAGCGUUUUGGGGUCCCCCGGGGGCUCUCCCCCCCCGGGUGGGGAUCCAGGCUCCCUCCAGCUCUUCCCAGCCCUGCCGAGGCUUUAAAGGAAUUUUCUUUUUCUCCACCCACGGCCCAGGCCCAGCCCUGGUUUAGGAACGCUGAUCCCGACACCCCCGGAAUCGAUUUUUUCUCAUUUUUCCUGGAUGAAUCCUUCAGGUUUUUCCCUCCCAGAGCCCCCAGGCCCUUCCCCUGAGCAGAACUCUACUGACACUGACACCAGCAGCACUGGGGUUCUACUGGGACACCAGUUCAACACUGUAAAUGGGACACCAGUGAAACACUGGGACACCAGUGGCACAUUUUAACUGGGACACCAGUUCAACAUUACUGGAACUGGGACCCCAGUUAAACACUGUACAUGGGACACCAGUGACACUGGGACACCAGUUCAACACUGUAACUGGGCACCAGUUAAAUAAUGCAACUGGGCACCAGUGACACCAGUUAAACCCUGUAACUGGCCUGUUCCUGACCCCUGUAAAUACCCAAAUCCUGAGACUCGCAGGCCGUUUCCUGUUUAUGGCAUUUCUCAUUCUGGUUCUGGCGCAGCUCCGGGGACUCGUGGCAGAGCCCAAAC